AUGUCUAAAAUUUCAAUGUGCCUUGUCCAAUGUGAUCUAGAAGCUCGGACUGAUUGGCAACUUGGAUGCUUCACUGCAAAUGAUGGAGUAAAGCAGUUUUAGUAUCUGAUUCUUAGGUCCUGGAAAUUAUGCAUGUUUUGAUCUUGUCAUCAAGAGCUGGGAUGUUAGAAGUGGCCAGAGAAGAAAUACGUUCUGGAGGAGAGAUGCAAUAGACAAUUUUAAAGACUCCUUAGCAAGAGUAAUACAAUUUACAACUGAAAUCCUUUGUGGGAAGAAGUAGAACAUCAAAAAUUAAUAGGAGGAUGUCAAUGACACGUGUGCCAGAUGGAGCCACAAAUCUUCUGCCUAGUAAGCACGACUGGUAUGGGUAAUGGUGUGAAGGAAGGUCAAGUGGGUUUAAAACAGAAUGGCGUGGAGCCAAUUGUACCGACCCAUGUUCUAUCUGAGGGGAGCCCGGAGAAAAGGAAAGUGAUCAACUCCCUGAUGUCUGGUGCAUUGGCUGGCGCUGUUGCAAAAACAGCAGUAGCCCCGCUAGAUAGGACGAAAAUCAUAUUUCAAGUGUCUGCAAACAGAUUUUCUGCCAAGGAAGCCUAUAGGCUGAUCUAUCGCACCUACCUCAAUGAUGGCUUCUUGAGUCUAUGGCGCGGGAACUCAGCCACGAUGGUCCGGGUGAUCCCAUACGCUGCCAUCCAGUUCUGUGCACAUGAAGAGUACAAGCAACUCCUGGGAAGCUACUACGGCUUUCAUGGAAAAACGUUGACUCCUUUGCCCAGAUUCAUUGCUGGCUCGCUGGCUGGUACGACAGCUGCCAUGUUAACCUACCCUUUGGACCUGGUGCGAGCUCGAAUGGCUGUCACGCCGAAGGAGAUGUACAGCAAUAUCCUCCAUGUCUUCAUCCGAAUCUCCCGGGAGGAGGGGCUGAAGACCUUGUACAGGGGCUUUGCGCCCACCAUCCUUGGGGUGAUCCCAUACGCCGGGCUUAGCUUCUUCACCUACGAGUCACUGAAGAAACUGCAUGCAGAUCACAGUGGGAGAGCCCAGCCAUACCCCCUGGAACGUCUCGCGUUUGGUGCCUGCGCAGGCUUGAUCGGCCAGUCGGCCUCCUACCCUCUGGAUGUGGUGCGCCGGCGAAUGCAGACGGCCGGGGUCAUGGGACACGUGUACGGUUCCAUCCUACCCACCAUGCGAGAGAUUAUAAAAGAAGAGGGACUAAUCCGAGGCUUGUACAAAGGACUCAGCAUGAACUGGGUCAAAGGUCCAAUCGCAGUGGGAAUAAGUUUCACGACCUUUGACCUUACCCAGAUCCUUCUCCGUAAAUUACAGAUCAGCACUAAUAUUGAAAGGUAGUAGCUUCAUUCCCAAAGUAUUACAGGGGAGAAGUACUCUGUGUGUGUGUGUGUGUGUGUGUGUGUGUGUGUCAAACACUAGCAUUGUCCCAUUUAAUUAGUGCUACCCCCUGCUGCUGAGAUUUUGCUUUUGUUUUGUUUGUUUUUUUAAUGAGCCUCUGAGUUAUCUCCAAACCCAGACAUGCAACUAACCUUCACUAAAUGGAAUUCUCCCUGUGGUUCUGGAUGACGGCAGAGCUGCCUUCUCUAGGGUAGCUGCCUCUGUCUUGUGUUUUAACUCUUUGAUGCAUACUAAGCUAUUGCUGGCUUCUCUCCUGGGCUCAUUGGGUUGAUGAGGUGGUAUGGAUUAUAGAAGAGGGGACGCCAUACUGCCUGGGUGGAGCUGGAAAUCCGGGAGGUGAAAGCUGUUCCUGCUACGCAGUUCUUAGUAACUACACAUCGGUAAGCACCCUGGCAAGCAGUAUUUCAGUCGGUCUGCAAUGAACUUCACAUGUGAGUUGAGAGGGUUAAUAGCCUUUGAAAUGGAACAUCCAGGAUUUAAGUUUUUUAUUUAAAAAUAAUUUUUUACUCCAGAAUUUGGAUGUGUGCUCAGUUCUGGUUUUACUUUGUGUUGAACAAAACAUUAUAAUGUCCCUCUAUAAAAUUACCAAGACUCGGAGUUCGAUCAACUUUCAAUCUGGAAUUCCUGUGCCUGCCAUCAGCACUGCCUGGAUUCAAUUCAGUGUUGCUUUCAGACUACUUUAAAAACCACCUUAUCUGGAGUUGUUGUAUUUUUAAAAACAGCAUUUUUGGAAGGAUUUAGCAAAUUGUAGUAUUAAGACUGGAGAUUAAGAGGGGGAAGUGUUACAUACUCAGUUUUUAAUGAAUUAUAUCCUUCAUUAUUGUGGUUGCUGCUUAAACUGCAAUGUGAGAAUAAACUCUGGUCAGGGUGGGCAGUGGCACACCUAUGAAUAACCUUUCAAGGUGGCUGUUUUGAAUGGGUUCAACCUCAUCUUUAUCUAAAGCUGUCGGCCCUGCUUUGGAACACCCUCUGUGUGCGAGCGCGCUCCAUAGGUCGUCACCUCAGCUGAUUAACUUUGAUUCCAUUAGCUUAUUCUAGAAUUGUACUGGACCAACUUGGCUCAUAGAAAAUAGGCUCGGUUAACCAAGAAUAAUGUAAUUGUCACCCACUGGGAAUCAUGCCAGGUGUGCCAGUCCUUCCCAGCUGCAAGGGUGAAAUGAACCGUAAGGCACCUUUGAGUGUGACAGUUCAACGCUGAUAAUAUUGUGGGAACAGAGCAUUGAGAGACUUGGAAGGGCGAGUGGCUUUAUUUUAAACUUGGAGCACAAGAGAGGUGGAAGAAAUUGUCCAGCCAUCUCUAAUGACCCCAAUGUCUCCCCCCUCCUAGGCAGUAUACCCCUCAAACACGCCUAUCUGUGUGGCAGGACUGCUGCUUGUGUGGAACAGAGAGGAAGCAGAGGGUGUAACUAGGUUGUAUUUAAAAUCUGUCCCUUCCUGACACAGAUGUUCAUUAUUGUUGCUCAAACCUUGUAUCAAGAGUUCAUUCGCCAGAAUGAAGAUAAUCGCAAUUGGUAAAAUUAAACCCCUCUUCUUCUUUAUUAUUAUUUUUUAAUAAUAGUCUUUGCACUCACUCUUUGGAGCAGAACGUGCCUCUAAUGCCAAAUAUUUUCCUAGUGAUUAAUGACAAGCACUUACUCUGGUCCUGGGUUCUUAAACCUCUUGUGGGAUUGGCCAGAGUCUCUAGAUACUGGAGUAUUGUUGUGCACAUUCUUCUGCUAGAAAGGGUAGUGUCAGUAUUGUGCCAACAGCAGGUGCACAGAUAGGACAUAACCUCUGUGAGAUGUCCUGACACUUCUGGCUUCAAGACGAUAUCCAGUGUAAACUCAAAGUCUCUGGUCACAUCAUCGAAGUACAAAGUAAUUCAAUUUUUAAAAGAUUUUUAAGAAACUGGAAACGCUUGUGACAAAUGAGACAAACGAGCCCAAAAAGAACAGCCCUUGCCAUUGGUGGGAGGGGAGUCCAGACAUCUGUUCAGCCAGCAUCCGGUGGGCGAAGUUCUUUAUAUUGGUGGCACGCACCUUUGCAGGAACUCUGAUGCUUUCCUUUCCCCAGUGGAAAAACUGGUUACUUCUUUGUCCCCAUUAUAUGAUGGGGCUCGGGGGGAGGGGAGGGAGUAUCAAGCUGGCAGCGUGACUCCCUGAAUGAAGAUCCCAUACCAGUGGCGUGUGUGUUAUUGUCUAAGCGCUAUCAGGCUCUCGAUGUGCGGAGGUUUCCCGUGUGGUGGGUGCAGCAUUGUGGUGCAUGGGAGCUGUGUGCACGCAAGAGGAGGCUGGUUUCCCUGGUCUGUGCUAUGGUCAGGGUUAGACCGCAUCCUGCUGGGCAGUGAAGUAACCACUAGAGGGGGGGUCGCCCAGCUCUGCAGGUAGCAAAUGAGCUGCACCUGCCAUUCAAAGGUGGACUCUCGUUUAGGGGCCUGAUCCUGUGUGCUGAAGCCCCUCAGCCCACCACCGCAGUUGGCAGCAGUGGUGUGUGCUCAGUUCCUUGUAGGACCCUGGCUCUGGCAAAAGGGGGUGCAUCUGCGGGGAAAGCCCCAGACUCGGAGAUGGAACUGAGUUGGGAGCAUGAGUCCUUCUGAGACAUCUUCCCUGCAUCAAUAGUCUUCCCCCUCAACCCAUUGUAUUAAAUGUGAGCACUGGUCUGGAGAGAGACUGGAACCAAGAAGUCCUGAUGGGCUUGUAGCCUUCAGUCACAUAACUCCUGGGGGGUGCCCACUUGGAUAGGAGUGAGACCAGUGCAAGGGUGGCGAGAUUUGUCUAUCUAGAAGCCUGGGGUAUCUGUACCAAAAACUCCAAGGAGAGAAGUGAGACUCUAGGGAAGUGUCAGUGUGGAAGUGCUGGACCCAGAGAGGUGAAAGGGUGGGGUUUUUUGUUAGCACUGCAGCUAAUUUAAAAAUCUCUUAGACAAACCUUUUUACCAACUGUGUUUAGUCGAGAAGCAGACCUGAUUUCAGUCUAAUUACGUUAGCAGUUGUCUUUGGUUUCUUGAACAAAAGAGUUCUUAAAAUAAGUGUGUGUGUGUGUGUGUGUGUACAUUUUAAAUAGCUCGUUUCCCCCUGUUGGAAUGUACAGGGGGGAAACCCAAAAAGCUUAAUUCUUUUACUUUCUUGCAUAAAUAAAAACUUGUUCCAAAUCUGCUGCCUGAAAUGAGGGACCCUGAAGCUUCUCUAGCAUGCUGGGUAGGAGGGGAUGGUGCCACUGUGUCUAAUGGAAUGACCUUCAGUUUGCUUCAGGAAUCUUCCACGAGUAUAUUCUGUAUCGCUCAAAAAGGAGACCAGUCCCGUGUAAAUCUUCUCUCUUCCCCUCCCAUUUCUCUGGAAUUGUUGACCAUCUGAUCCCAAAUUAUGCGACUCUUUUUUUUAAAUGGUCAGCUAUUUUACUAUGAUAAUUAGCAGCCAAACGCUAUUAACUUGCAUUUCCUUCUCUUCCACUCCCCUCUACCAUGGUCUAGUGCCCUGGGUCCACCAUGGGCUAUUCGGCGAAGGCAGGUCUGAUUUGAGAAUAGCUAAACUGGCACAAGUGCAGGAUUGAUGUUGGGUUCCCAGAACAGUCCAGCGUCAGAACCCUCCUUGUCGAAUGCAGGGGUGAGAGGUUUCAUUUCUAAUGAGGAUUAGAUACCAGGGAUGUGUGUUCCUUUGGAAAGUCCUUGAGUAUCGUUUGUCCAGUGUGACUCCUUCCCCUUUCCCACUGGAUGUGAAAUGGCAGCUCCUCCCAGUGCUUGUGCCUAGCUCUUUGGCUGUGACGGUCCCUGCGAGGCAUGCAGUGGAGUGGGAAUAUCCAUUGAAACUUUCAUGGUAUAUUUUUAGAAGCCCAGUCCAGCAGCUGAUCUGAGGAAAUGCUGGUACAUCUGUAGCUCCAUCUGACAUCCAUGGACCUGGCAGUGCUUAAGUAUUACAGGUCUUGCACUGUGGUUGCUUUAACCCAGAAGCAGUCAGAAGAAAUUUUUUUAACAAGAAGUGCUUGAUAAAUGGACUUUGGUGCUACCAUGCAAUCUGAGAAGUCUGUGGCAUCCGGCAUUGGUGGCAAAGGGGAAGCGAAAUAUUGGAGAUCAUAGAAUCCUAGAAUAUCAGGGUUGGAAGGGACCUCAGGAGGUGUCUAGUUCAACCCCCUACUCAAAGCAGGACCAAUCCCCAACUAAAUCAUCCCAGCCAGGGCUUUGUCAAGCCUGACCUUAAAAACUUCUAAGGAAGGAGAUUCCACCACCUCCCUAGGUAACGCAUUCCAGAGCUUCACCAUCCUCCUAGGAAACCACUUUCACUAAUAUCCAACCUAAACCUCCCCCACUGCAACUUGAGACCAUUACUCCUUGUUCUAUCAUCUGCUACCACUGAAAACAGUCUAGAUCCAUCCUCUUUGGAACCCCCUUUCAGGUAGUUGAAAUCAGCUAUCAAAUCCCCCCCUCAUUCUUCUCUUCCCCAGACUAAAUAACCCCAGUUUCCUCAGCCUCUCCUCAUAAAUCAUAAGAGAUGAGUAAAAGUUGCAUGAAAAACAGUAAAUACCUGAAUGUAGUUACUUAAUUCUUAUCUUAGGGCUAAUGUGGUAUGUUUUGGGCUCAGUCCAUGGCUUGGAGCCAGAAAUGGAAAAGACUUGAUUUAUUAAACGGUUUUUUCAUUGAAAUGUCUGGUUCCUCCUGCCCACCCUGUAUCCUUUAAUGCCACGUUAUGCAGGGACUCUUGUUGACUGUCUAUGCACGGAGCACAAAUGCCUUUUGUAAAGAUGUUCUCGCCCAUUAAUGUGUGUCAAACUUGACUGUUUUCCUUUGGUCUGGAGUUCUAUUUUAAUGCAGUGAUGACACUUGUAUAAUGUUUAUAUAUAUAUUUUAAAAUUGGUGCCAAGAGAGGAGUAUAUUUAAUAAAAAAUUAACUGACUCUCUG